AUCAUUAAGUUAUCUUAUCUAUAAAUUUUUUUUUAAAACUUAUAAGCAACUUAUAAGUUCAAAAUUGCUUAUAAGUAAUAAGUCAAUAAGCACGAGCACAAAGAAACACCAACUUAGAUAAGCACAGAGAAACACGUCAAAUGACUUAUAAGUUAAAAAUAGCUUAUAAGUCAUUUUGACUAGAUUAUAAGCACAGAAAAACACCCUCAAGGUUUGGUGAUGUGAAUAACAAUUCUGAGUUAUUGUUUGACCAAGGAACCAAUCCGUAACUUGGCGUGGCAAAUCAAUAAUUGCAGUGUCCUGGCGGGUUGUUCUAGGGCUGUAUCUCUUUGCCUGAUCUUGAUUAAAGGCUAAAGCUGUUGUUUUGGACCGAGGAUCCAAUCCGUAUCUUGGUGUGGCAAUUCAAUAAUUGCAGUCAUGGCGGGUUGUUCCAAGGAUCUGGUCUAUUCGCCUGAUCUAAUUUAAAGCUAUUUCCCUUAUCUGAUCAAGUAGAAAAAAAUAAGCUUGAGAAAAGUGAAAUUUGCACUAAAUAGGACGAAAACAUAUGUCCUCUCCCAAUGUACUAAAUAGUACUAAAACAUAUGUCCUCUCCCAAUGUACUAAAUAGUACUAAAACAUAUAAUACUUGAAUAAUGUCUAGUGGUGAGAUCCAGUGAUGGCGGACAUUUAUUUUGAACAAUGUCUAGUGGACAUUGAACAGUGGUACUACAUUGGAAAAGUCACUAUAUUUUAGUACAAUUUAGGUAAAUUCCCCUUGAGAAAACGGGGCCUAAAUGUCAUGGUUUUGAGCCUCAUAAGAAAAGAGCCCUAGAGGUAGGUUUCGGUUUCCAUUUUGUGUCCUUCCUAAAGUUCUACAAAACAAGAUGUGACAUGAUUAUUUUAUUUGGUCAAAAUUAUUGAUUAAAGCAGAUAAGUUUGAUGGUGUCAAUAAUGAUUCUGACUUUUAUUUUGGGACAGGAGAGUAAUACAAAUAUCUAACAACUUGAGCUUGUUUCCAGGAAAGCCUCAUUUUCUAAGCCUAAAACAACAGCAUUGCAGUUGAAGCAAUGGGUUGACAUUAUUUAUUAAUGUGACCUGGAAGAGGCCGUGGUGAUACUUGGCUAGUCAUGUUAGGGAACAUUUUGUAGAAUCAAUCCGUAUCAUGGCGUGGCAAUCUGGUAUUAACCGGCUACUAAUUUUGUGGCUUGUGAGGACCCGGUCCGUAUCUUGGUGGGGCAAUCCCGAAUGACCUAAUUGUUGCAGCCAUGGCGGCCUGGGCGUCUCAUUGCCCUGUGUAAACAUAACUCUGAGCCUCAUCAAAAGAGCUUUCAUGGAAUCACGUUUCGAAGAAGUAUUUUAAAAAAAUGAGUGACAACUGAGGCGACUUUGGGAUUUCUUUUAGGGCGGUUGCCCUCCCUCUGGCAAAGGGACAGUUGCCUCCCUCUCAUCUGCCCAUGAUCUCUCUAUUUACAAACAGCCCUUUUUGUCUUUCCUCAUCACAAGAAAGAAAAUACAUACGGUAUGUUUGGUUCAAGGAAUUCAGAAGGGAAACAUAAGCAUGCAUCAAUCUGUCAGCAACCGAAAGGUUAUUACUCAGUAUUAUAAUACUCCAAUUAUUUCUUAUUGUUAGACUUGGAAAGAUGCUGUGAUAAUGUACUUUUCUGCGUUUCCUCUUCCCGGGCUGCUAAUUUUGAGGUAAUUUUAACCUGUUCCGUAUCUUGGCGGGGCAACUUGGAAAUGGACUUGGUUGUUGCAGCCAUGUCGGUUUUGCAGUUAUCAAGUUCUCAAUGGAAACACAGAUCUGAGCCUCUAAAAAUAGCAGAAAAUUACUUUGGGGUACCCUCGAUUUUCUUGUAAUAACUCCCAGGUCUUACAUUAUUAUCUAAAAAAUACUCUGGUGUACCCUCAAUUUUCAAGUAAGAACUCUUAGGUUCCACAUUCUCCAAAAUAUACUCCGGUGUCCUUAAAAUUUAUCAUAUUAUACUCUGAUGGUACAUUCUGUCAAUUUAGGCAUUAUGAGUGAAAGUUCUUUUACUUUGACGAAUUGAAGAAUUUUAUUUAAAUUCAAUAAAAUAAUGAUUAUCAAUGUAAAAUUUAGUAUUUGUCAAAGUAACAGAAUUUUCAAUCCUAACGGCCAAAUAGACGGAAUGUACCCUCGUGGUACAUUACCACAAAAUUUAAGGACCCCCAAAGUAUAUUUGAUAAUGUGGGACCCGGGAGUUAUUACCAAAAAAUUGAGGGUACCCGGAGUAAUUUUUUGCUAAAAAUAGUGUUCUUGAAAAUCUUUUCCCAAGAGAAGAUUUUUGAUCUUAUUUCUACUCCCUCAUGAUUUGGUCAAAAACCUGGUUUAAUGACAGGUUUGUUAAACCCCUAGGUACAUGUGCUCUUCUCUUCUCAGCACAAGCUUGAUUUCGUCCAUUUUUUACAUUUCCAAUUUCAAUAUAUUUAAUUUAAUACAGAGUUUUUUUUGUGUAACUAUCUUUUCUGUUCAUUUCAGUUGAAAAUGUUUUGCACUUGAGGGGGAAGAUUCAGUAUGCUUUUGCAAUUUUGAUUAAUUAUUAAAAUUUUCUUAAAUAAAUAAACUUGUGAUACAAAAUGGAAAGGAUUUGGCUUGAAUUUUAGGAAGAUUGUGGUCGGACAGAAAUGUAUUAUUUUGUCUUUGGUAUCUGUCUAAUUUUGUCUCUUUUUAUAUAACUAAAAUAGCCUAACUCUGGGUGAAACUGUGAAUAUUUUUUCGUUGUUUUUGUUGUUGAUCCCCCAUUUUAUAAAAGUAAAUAUGCUUGGGUUUAUCAUCUGAUGAGGCUGUGAUGAUACCACACUCUACUAUCAUUUGGGGUAUUUUGAGGAUGCAAUCCAUAUCAUGGCAGGGUACUUAUUCUGCGGUGUGUGAGGGGCCGAUCCGUAUCUUGGCGGGGCAAAAUUCCGAAUGGCCUAGUUUUUGCAGCCAUGGCGGCCUGGGCUUCUCAUUGCCUUGUGUAAGCAAUGCUUUGAAGUUUGAACCUCAUGAAACGAGCUUUCCUUGGGAAGGAAUCACAAAAAGUGAUUGAGGGAUGGGAGUUUCUCGAAAGGGGCAGUUGCCUACUUGCCUCCCUUUCUUUUGCACAUGGUCUCUCUAUUUCCAAAUUUCCCUUUCUGUCUUUCUUCAUCACAAAAAGGAAACUCAAGAAAAGAAACUACUUAUACUAUGUUUGGUUCAAGGAAUUCAACAACAACAACAACAACCUAGUUAAAUCCCACAAGAGUAGGGUCUGGGGAGGGUGUGUGUACGCAGACCUUACCCCUACUCGAAAGUAGAGAGACUGUUUCCAAAGAGACCCCCGGCUCAAUGUCGAAAGUUGCAUUGCUUGACAAACUGCUACUUCAUUAAUUAAAGAAGCGCAGACAGUUUAGAGAUCCAUUUUGAUUUAUUCCAUCACACCCCAAAGCCAAAAAAUGGUGAAAUUUUGGCUCCAUCGGAUAUGAUGGAAAGAGGUUCAAAGAAUUCAUAUAUAGGAAAAAGAAAAUAAAAUGGUAAGAAAAGGCAGCUUUGAUGUUUGGUUAGAAAGGAAAAGAAAAGAAAAUCGCAAGGAAAAGAAACGUAAGGGAAAGAGGCUGUGAUGAUGCUUGGUUAAAUUAUUAGGGAAUUUUGUGGAACCAAUUAGUAUCUUGGCGUGGCAAUUGGGUUUUAAUUGAUGAUUGCAGUCAUGGGGGGUUCUUCUAAUUGUCAUAGUUCUGAGCCUCAUAAGAAAAUAGCCCUAGAGAUAUGUGUGGGGUUUCUAUGUGGUAUCCUUUAUUUUCUUCUGUCAUUUUCUUUUUCUUCAACUUUUCUUUUUCUUUUUUCUCUAACCUCAUCAGUAGUAAUUUUGUUCAUGCCAUUUUCUUUUUGUCCUUCCAAAUUCCUUGAACCAUAAAUAGUGUUAGCAUUUUUCAUUUUCUCAUAAUUCCCCAAACCAAACAUAGUGUUAGUUAAUAUGGUUCGGUUUAUUUUAUUGUGAUAUAAUUUUGUCCCAAAAAAGAAAAGGGAAAAGAAGAAUCACGAGCUUCCAUCUAUGAAGAGGCUGGGAUGGAUAUACCUUUCUUUGUCUCCUCUUUCCAGACUGCUAAAUUUGAGAUAUUUGUUUGACCCGAUCUGUAUCUUGUUGGGGAAACCCGGAAAUGGACCUUGUUGUUGCAGCCAUGGUGGUUUUGGGGGCUCUCCGUUUCUCUCUGGAAACACAGGUCUAAGCCUCUAAAUAUAGUGUUUGUUCUAUAUUUCUAUUUGCUUUACUUUAAUACUUUAUACUUUGUUAUAAAUUUGUAAUAUACAGUAGUAUUCAACACCUUGUUAAAAUAAAAAACUGAAGUUUAUUUAAGGACUGAGGGAAUAUAUCAAAAAUUGUGUAAAACCCUUAGGUACGUAUGCUCUUCUGUUCUAAGCAUAAGUUUGAUUUUGUCCAUUUUCUUCAUAUCCUAGUUAUAAUCUAUUUAAUAUGAUUUUUUUGUGCUACUUUCUUGUUCAUAUUAGUUGAAAACGUUUUACAGGGGAGGGGAUUCAGUAUUUUUUUGUAAUUUUGAUGAAUUAUUAGAAUUUUCUUAAAAAUACUUAUUGUACAAAAUAAAAUGAUUUGGCUUGGUUUUUGAAACGGUUGCUGUUGACAGAAGUGCAUAAUGAAUAGUUUUCUUAUUG